ACAAGCCGGGCGCCCGCCCCGCCCCGCCCGCCCGUCCGCUCGUCGGUCCCCGCGGCGGCGGCGGCUGCCCAGUGACAACGGCGGCGGCACCAGGCCGGCCGGAGCAGCGGAGGCUCGUGCGGCCCGGAGACACACGCAGCGGCCGGCGAGCGGCGCCGCGCGAGGGAGGCCCGGGCCGGGUCGGGUCGGGUCGGGUCGGGUCGCGCGUGAGGAGACCUCGCGGGCGCGGGGCGAGAGGCCGGCGUGCGGGAGCCCUGAGGCAGUGGCCGCCGGCGGCCCGGCCCCGCCCGUCCUCGCGCCCCCGCCGCCCCCGCCGCCAGGAUGAGCCACAUUCAGAUCCCGCCCGGGCUCACCGAGCUGCUGCAGGGCUACACCGUGGAGGUGCUGCGGCAGCAGCCGCCGGACCUGGUGGAGUUCGCGGUGGACUACUUCACCCGCCUGCGCGAGGCCCGCUCGCGAGCCUCCGGGCCGCCCGCCGCCCCGCCCGCCGGCCCCCAGGCCGCGGAGACCGGCCCCAGCCCGGCCGGCGCCAAGGCGGACAGCGACUCGGAGGAGGACGCGGACCUGGACGUUCCAAUUCCUAGCAGAUUUAAUCGACGAGUAUCAGUCUGUGCUGAGAGCUUUAAUCCUGAUGAAGAAGAAGAAGAUACAGACCCAAGGGUGAUUCAUCCUAAAACUGAUCAACAAAGGUGCAGACUUCAGGAGGCUUGCAAAGAUAUUCUUCUUUUCAAAAAUCUUGAUCAGGAACAGCUGUCUCAGGUCCUUGAUGCUAUGUUUGAAAGAACAGUCAAAGUUGAUGAGCAUGUCAUUGACCAAGGAGAUGACGGAGACAACUUUUAUGUCAUAGAGCGGGGAACCUAUGACAUUUUAGUAACAAAAGAUAAUCAGACGCGCUCUGUGGGUCAGUAUGACAACCAUGGCAGUUUUGGAGAACUAGCUCUGAUGUACAACACCCCGAGGGCGGCUACGAUUGUUGCCACCUCAGAAGGCUCCCUUUGGGGACUGGACCGUGUGACUUUUAGAAGAAUCAUAGUAAAAAACAAUGCAAAAAAGAGGAAGAUGUUUGAAUCAUUUAUUGAAUCUGUGCCCCUUCUUAAAUCACUAGAGGUUUCAGAACGAAUGAAGAUUGUGGAUGUAAUAGGAGAGAAGAUCUAUAAGGAUGGAGAGCGCAUAAUCACUCAGGGUGAAAAGGCUGAUAGCUUUUACAUUAUAGAAUCUGGUGAAGUGAAAAUCUUGAUUAAAAGCAAGACUAAAGCAAACAAAGAUGGUGGGAAUCAAGAGGUCGAGAUUGCUCGCUGCCAUAAGGGACAGUACUUUGGAGAGCUUGCCCUGGUCACCAAUAAACCCAGAGCUGCUUCGGCAUACGCAGUGGGAGAUGUCAAAUGCCUUGUUAUGGAUGUGCAAGCUUUCGAGAGGCUUCUGGGGCCCUGUAUGGACAUCAUGAAGAGGAACAUCUCAAAUUAUGAGGAACAGCUGGUGAAGAUGUUUGGUUCCAGCAUGGAUCUGGUCGAUCCUGGGCAGUAGAUGUGCCAAACCCAGCGCCUUCGCAGUGUGACACCAAAAUCUUCCGGUCAGCCACAGAAAACAGACAUGACAGAACUGUUCCUGCUGUUGCCACCGCCACUGUCACUGCUUUGGCCGUGGGCAUGUAUAAAACUUGAAAGUCAGCACUAAAGGAUGGGCAGAGGUUCCACCUCCACCUCCACUCUGCUUCUGAAAGCCCAUUAUUAGACCACCUGUAAUAUUUACUCCAACCCAGUUUUUACAUUUUUGGUUGAAAAUGGCAUGUCUCUCCAACAAUUUAAGUGCCUGAUACAAAGUCCAAAGUGUAAACAUCUUAUUUCCUCUCUUGCUGCUAUUACUGCUUUUGGAAGUUACCACAGGUCCGUACAAACCUAUUGUAUAACUGUAGACAUCUUCCCCCAACUUUUCUCAAGGAAGGUCAUGUUGUAGCCUUUGAUCUCGUAAUUUUUGCUUUGAGAAAAUCAACAUUUGUUCACAGUUGUAGUCUUUGCUUUUACAGUGGGAAGCGGUGACAGAUGUGAUGGAGGUCUGUGAUUUGUGGCACUGUGCUGUCUGCUUGACGGCCACACAAAUUAGAGCUCUCUCAACCUCACAGUGUUGUUUAGGGAAGGCCCUGCCUAGGACACCACAGAUCCAGACCCCAAAGUACACUGAUUGGAAAUUGUGACGCGCGUUAGAGCAGGAAAUUUGGGUUCAGCAUAUGUUCUUCACGUAGCUGAGAGUCAAGGAAUGUUUCCUGGGUUGGGGCGAUUGUUUUGGGAGUUUCUUGUUUUGUUUUAUCUCUGUGUAGUGUACAUGAAUGAAUUACUGUCCGCUUAUAAGGAGCCAGGGUCUAGAGCUACCACCGCCUUCUCUGACCCAGGAUUUUCAUGGGCAACCCUUGCCAUCUCUUCCUUUCCAGUUGCCCCUACCAGCUAGUGGCAGUGUGCCAGCUAGAGUCUGCUGUGAAGAGAACCCUCUCUUACUCCAGACUAUUGCAUAGCUUUGCUUUUGAACCAUCAGUUUUUUAACUCUUCAAAGAAGCAGCUAUUUUUUGAACUACAAUUUUUUCUCUACUUAGGGAAUUCCCCUUGGACAGACCCGUAUGUCUGGAGCUGGUCACUGGUCCAGGCAUCCAUCCUACAGAUCAAGUCUUUUUGUUAGUUUUCAAAAAACUUCAUAGAAUUACUGUAAAGACCUUUCUAAUUAAGAUACUGGAAUAUUUGGGAUUCUAAUCAUUAGUCCCAGAGGAAGGUAAUUUAACUUUUAUUUAAAAAAAAAAAAAACUUUUUUAACCUAAUGAAUCAUCCUAAUCAAUCAGCUGUAAUUCAGAAUGAGUUUUUUUCCUUCAGAAUGACUUAGAACUAGAUGCUACAAGAAAUCUUAAGAGCAGCAUGAAAUUUGCGUAAGAAGAAAUUUUAAUGUCGUAGUUAGGUUUAUAUUAAAUCAAGAGAUCUUUUCCAAUAUGAUCUUUUUAUUUUUUUUUUAACUUGUAUAACUCAAUAAAUUCCUCAGAGAUUACAUGCUGGGGCUUGAGUCAUUCCUGUUGUGGAUAAUGAUGGAGCCCACAGGAUCAUCUUCCAUUGUCCUUAAAAAUCAAGUACCUUUAGAUAAAAAUCAAAGUAUAAACUUAAAAUAAAAAAUCAAGUACUUUUGGGUGGGUGUAAAUAGCAUAAUGGUUAUGCAAAGAGACUCUCAUGCCUGAGGCUCCAAAGUCCCAGGUUCAUCCACCACUACCACCACCACCACCACCAUAAACCAGAGUUGAGCAGUGCUUUGGUUUUAAAAAAAAAAAAGUCAAGUACUCUUGUGGUGGACAGUGUUACUCGAGAGAUUUACAGAGUGUUGAUCUGCCAUAACUGUGGUUAUUUCUCCAUUUUUCCUUGUUUCCAUGAAGAGAGAACAGAAGGACUCUUGCUAGGCUACCCCAAGUCACCUGGUGAUAGCUCUCAGAAUUGUGAAAAGUUGGACUACUCCAGAACAGGCAGCUAGUACUGGAAAAACUUGUGUGGAUUUUCUCACAGAUCUCGAAAGUUCUUUUUCCUCGUGGUAUUGCUUUGUUAUCCGAUAAAUAAGAAAACAGAUCUUGUACUUUAGCAGAUAAAAGCCACAGCUGUUUUGUAUAAGGGUGAUGUCAUCAGGCUUUGGGAAUGCAGAGCUGUAACCCCCAACUGUGUGAGCACUGUGUUUGAACACUGACUAGAUGUCCCUGUGAAUCCCCACAUCACCACGACUAAGACUGGUUGCUGUCAAUUCUGCCAGUCGUUCCCAUAUGUUGGGCCUUCUCUUGCACAUCACAGUUCAGUCUUUUCGUCUGUGGAGGCCUCUUGACAUGCCCAACUCACCAGUGGUUUCUGCUUUAUAGAAUAGAAUCUAUCAAGACUAGGUUCUCCCGUUCCAUAUACAGAUUGACAUGUGGCUCACCAACCCAGACUCGUACUCCUUUGGGAUGUAGGUGAAGGAAGCAAGGCUUAAAGAGGCAAGUGUGAAUGAGAUAGGACACAACCAUAACCAAGGUGCUAGGAAUCCCACAGUGUUCCAGUUCUCUUUGCAGCAUGGGGAUCUAAGAUGGCAGACCAAGUCAUCUCAGGGCUGUGGUAUUUACAUCGGGCUAGGUGACCCUGCACUGAUGAGUGAGCCUCAGAGGGAAGGGCGAAUAGUAGAAGAUAAUCCUCCCCUUGCUUCCCAGCAGGAGCUCUGUGAUAGAGGACCUCUGAUGAAUUCAUGUCCGGAGGCCUUCCUGUGCCACGCUUUUUUUUUCCUUUUCUCAUAGAGACAGAGAGGGAGGAUGAAGAAAGAGGGAGCGAGAAAGAUACCUAUAGUACUGUUCUACCACUCAUGAAACUGCAUCCCCGUAGGGGCUAGAACCCAGGUCCGCACAUAUUGUAACAGGUACACUCUAUUGGGUACGCCACAGCCUGGCCCCUGAGAAGAUACACGUACGUAAUUUUUCUUUCAUUCUUUUUUUUGAGGCAGAGAUCCACAGCCUCUUGCCUGUCUUUGCCAUUGAUGGUAGGUAGUGGAGACUGUUCUGAGAGACUUGAGUUCCAACCUGCAGUAUUAUCCUUCUUUCUCACCCCCGUCUCAACUUAUUACACUCACUCUCUUCUCUUGGUUGUAUUCGCUGAAAGAAGGCUUCAUAUGUUAUGUCCUCUUAGUCAGUAGUCCUUAUAUAUAGUUGCUACCGAUUUUCAGAAAUCAGGGUGGAGCUUUCCUUCGAGCAAUUAAAUGAGCAAAAUCAGCAGCAACUUGGCAAAAAAUGGUUCUUUGGCCGGCAGAGUUUAUGUUGAUCAUUUUAUUGCCCGAGUCUUUGCUCACAACAGUCGGUGAGAGAUGCCACCAGUGCCCGGUAGCACUCUGGGCAUAUACCAUUUUCACAUUGUGUCAGUGUACAGACAAUCCUCUCUCGUUUCAGAAAAUUGAAAGAGCAUUUUUGUACAGAGAAAAAGGAAAAAGACCCAUGAAUGUCAUAUUUUAUCUCUGUUUUCAGCUGACCAGUGUUGAAACUUUUGUUCUUGAUGCGUACUUGGAAACCAUUCUUGCCAAGAAACAAGUUGUUCUGUUUGUUCACUAAAAUUACCUCUUGUUCCUCCUGUCCUGACUGCUGAUGUUCCUCAAUGAUUUAAUGUCUUUUAUGGGAAGCAGCCUUCCUGUGGGGUUUCCUUUUACACACUGCAGGGCUAUCUUUAUACUUAAAAAGAAAAAAAGAAAAGAAAAAAAUUACUGUCACUAACCUCAUGGGGGAUUUGCAGAGAAACAUUUAGCCCAUCUUGAGCAAAAGGUAGAUUCCUCAUUGUUUUCUUAAGAUCACUGUAACGAAAGAAAUCUAAUACAGCAUUAUUGUGCUACCUCAGAGGUAAAAAUAUUUUAAUUCUUUUCCUUUUUUGUCCUGAGAACUCUACAUAGUUUGAUACAUUUUUCAGUUAAGAAUUAUUUUUAAAUCAUUGGGAAUAGUCUUCUGUUAACCCAUUUCACACUUGUAUUUUAAUCUGGGAAGAAUAACUGAUUGGAAAGUGAUCACUUCUUGCUCUGUAGUAUUGAACAUGGAAUUAAAUCAUUGUUUGCCUUAUGGCUGAAUUUUGUAAGAGGAAACUGGAGGACUUGGCUUCACUCUUGGUUAAUAAAGGCUGACAAAUCAUGUCU